CAAAACAAUCAAAAGAGUUGUCAUUUGUUUUGUAUUUAUUUAUGCAUUAAUUAGUUGUCAUUUAAUUGUGUUUUGUGUCAAUCAUCGCAACAAUUAGUUGUUAAUUAUAUUAUAAAUCAAAGCAAUCGUUAUUUGAUGACUAAAUCAUAACAUUUAUUACAACACUUCUAAUAACAAUACAAUCACAACAACCAGUGUUUGCAAUGGAGUUAAUCCGUACGCCAAAGGUGGAAAACGUGCGAAUGCUAUACCGCUACGCGGCUCAGACGGGGGGCACGAGUGUCGGUGGGACGCCGUCGGGAACGCUAUAUCUGACGGCAACGCAUCUCAUAUUCGUCGACCACAACGUGAAGCGCGAGAAUUGGAUUCUUCACACAUUGAUCUCAUCGAUCGAGAAGUUGUCGAUCACUACAACGGGUUCACCGCUUCUCAUGCGAUGCAAACACUUCCUGUGCGUCACUUUC